UUUCGGAGCUCGGGUGAAAUCGGAAAGGCUCGGCUAAUCUCCCGGGUUUCAUUCCCCCCCUCCGCAAGGGAGGCCUUUUCGAAUGGAGGACUCGGACUCGGCGGCGAAGCAAUUGGGGCUGGCUGAGGCAGCGGCGGCGAUGGCGGCGGCUGCUGCGGUGGCGGCCGCUGCUGUCGCCGCCGCUGCCGCAGACGAGUCCGAGCAGCAGCAGCACCCGCAGGCCCGCGCAAGGGCGCCAGGCUCGGAGGCGGAGCCCCAGGAGGAGGCGGAGGAGGAGGAGGUGACAGCCGUGACUGUCGUGGAGGCGGGCGCCGAGCACCUGCAGAUGGGCGCCGAAUCCCUGCCGAGCGCUGACGAGGCCGCUGCCGCCGCUUUCGCAGAAGUGACCACAGUAACUGUAGCCAACGUGGGGGCCUCUGCGGACAACGUAUUCACUACAUCAGUGGCAAACGCAGCCUCUAUCUCCGGGCAUGUGCUGUCUGGAAGAACGGCUCUUCAGAUUGGGGAUAGCUUGAAUGCCGAGAAAGCCACUCUGAUUGUGGUUCACACCGAUGGCAGCAUCGUAGAGACUUCAGGGCUAAAGGGACCAUCUGCACCUCUUACACCAGGACCUCAGUCCCCUCCUUCUUUAACAUCUGGACAAGAAAAAGGUGGAACAAAAUAUAACUGGGACCCUUCAGUGUAUGACAAUGAGCUGCCUGUGCGAUGUCGAAAUAUCAGUGGGAUACUGUACAAAAACCGACUUGGUUCAGGUGGCCGAGGACGGUGCAUAAAGCAAGGGGACAACUGGUACAGCCCCACUGAAUUUGAAGCCAUGGCUGGAAGAGCCAGCAGCAAGGACUGGAAGAGAAGCAUCCGCUAUGGUGGGAGGCCAAUACAGUGCCUUAUUCAUGAUGGGAUAUUAAAUCCCCAUGCUGCCUCAUGCACCUGUGCUGCUUGUUGUGAUGACAUGAGCCUGAGUGGACCUGUAAGACUGUUUGUUCCCUAUAAAAGACGGAAGAAAGAAAACGAAUUGCCUACAACUCCAGUAAAGAAGGAUUCUCCUAAAAACAUCACUCUGCUUCCAGGGACUGCUGCUACGACAUUCACUGUGACUCCUUCAGGACAGAUCACUACCUCAGGCACUCUGACCUUUGAUCGUGCAUCAACUGUGGAGGCCACUGCUAUUAUCUCAGAAAGUCCAUCCCAGGCUGAUGUUUUUACUGGCACAACUGUGCAAGACACCAAUGUCCAGCAGCCUUGCCGGGUUAGUCAUCCAGAGCCUCACUAUCCAAGUUAUCAGGAUAACUGCCAGAUCUCAACAUUCCCAGAAGCAGCAUUGCCAACCUCUCAUCGCAAAAUAGUCUGGACCUCCCUUCCUGCCCUGGCUGUGCCCCCGGCGACUCCCGCCAAGACAGUAUCCUCUUCAGUCGUCAAUGGACUUGAGGUGACAGAGCAGCGGAGCUGGCUUUAUCUUGAGGAGACGGUCAAUUCGUUGCUCAGUACGGCUCAGCAGUUGAAGACACUCAUUGAACAAGCAAAGCAGGCCAGCUCUUCAUACAGAGAAGCUGCAGUCUCUCAAGCAAAAAUUCAGGCUGAUGUGGAGAGGAAAGAGCAGUAUCAGAACCCGUUAUUUCAACAAACAGAAGAUGUCGAUGGAAAAACAGAAAUCAUAAUUAAGCAAUCCUGUGUAAACUGUGGCCGUGAGGCAAUGAAUGAAUGCACUGGCUGCCAUAAAGUCAAUUACUGCUCAACGUUUUGUCAAAGGAAGGACUGGAAAGACCACCAGCAUAUGUGUGGACAGGUGGCCUCAGUCACAGUUCAGGAAGAAGAGGUUCACGUUACAGACACGGUGAUAGAGAAGGUUGUUGUCUGAAAGGCCUUACCAUUCCAAUGUAAAUAGAUACUUGCCUGGUUGGACCAGUUACUGUGCUGUGGAAUCCUAUUGAUUAAGAGCAACUGCAGUGAACUCAUACGGAAGAUAAAACCAUGAUAUUAUUUAUUUGUUGCUGGUCAACAUAAGACUCUUCUUUAAACAGAACAGGAGCAGAAAAUGCAUGGACAUAUCAAGAGACUCCACUUCUUUUCAGGAAACUCAGGAACUUAAUUCUACAAAGCUUUCUAUGAAAACAUGUAGAACCAAUGGGUGGUUUAUGUGGCUGUAACUGACAGCUCUGAUGGAUGAUGUUGGCUUUUUGAAGUAAAUUAUAAAUGUUCUUUAAAGCGG